AUGCUACCACUGGGUAGUACGUACAUAUCAAAUGCUUUUCAUUUGGAAUCCUUAGAAGAAAUGAAUAACAAUGGAAGUUGUAUAUCGAAGGAGGAAGUAAAAGGAUUCAUAGGUGCAAGAUUCGUUGUAGAUUCAUGCAUGCUACUGAAUCUUUCUUACCGAGUUAGGUACAAGGCAUUGGUGCUCUUCCAUACAUUCAGUGACGAGCUGGAAUUCAGUGGUGUAUGCAUGGCCUCGGUUCUUCUAGCAUCAAAGCUGGAGGAGGAAAUGUGCACAAUAAAAAGGAUUGUGUAUGUAUUCAACUAUCUGUACACACAGUAUGAGUCGAGGCCAGUGCCAUUGACAAGCCGACUGUCAAUCAGGCUCAAGGAGGGAUGCAUAUUCGCAGAGACAGAGAUGCUCAGGCGACUGGGAUUUGAUGCGCUGUUUGAUGAUGUGUAUUCAUGCAUGAUUGAGUUUUUACAGACGAGUGGGUUUCCAUCUGGGUUUGCUCAGAAAUGCUUUAUCAUCCUCAACACACUGCUUCAAUCGCGUGAAGUAAACGGAAUGAACCUUUGGGAACUGAUGACAGUAAUUGUUGAGUCAUGCGUUGGAAUGUCUAAAGUAGUAGAUGACAUCCUGAGCAGAUAUAGCAUGCUUGAUGCCAAAAAGUUUGAUCUGCAGACAUUCAAGGAAGUGCAGCUCACCAGAAAAAUAGACAACUGCAUGAUUCAGAACUUUGUAAAGAGACAAAGACACGGACAGCAAUAA